UGCUGGUGUUUGAGAUCUUCUUGGGCCACUUUCCGGUUGUGUUUUUUCUGUAGCAAAAUGUCAGGGGCCCCACCUUCAGAUGAGCUUGUAUUUUUUGUGAAUGGCAGAAAGGUAAUUGAAAGGUGUGCUGAUCCUGAGGAACUGUUGCUUAAUUACCUGAGAAAGGACCUCCGUCUCACAGGAACCAAGUAUGGCUGUGGAAUCGGAGGGUGUGGAGCCUGCACCGUCAUGGUCUCUACGUACAACCCGGACUCUAAGAAGAUACGACAUUUCCCAGCCAACUCUUGUCUGCUUCCAUUGUGCUCAUUGUAUGGUGCUGCAGUAACCACCGUGGAAGGAGUUGGAAACACAAAAACCAAACUUCAUCCCAUUCAGAAAAGGCUGGCCAAAUGCCACGGCUCCCAGUGUGGCUUCUGCACCCCUGGAAUGGUGAUGUCGAUGUAUUCUCUGCUAAGGAAUCACCCGGAACCCACCAUGGAGCAGAUAUCGGCUGCACUGGAUGGCAAUUUGUGCCGUUGCACUGGGUACAGACCUAUAAUCGACAGCUUCAGUGCUUUCUCUCAGGAGUGCUGUCCCUUGGCAGGGAGUGGAAAGUGUUGCUUGGACCAAGAAGAAGAGAAGGGGAAAGAAAAAGAUGAAAAUUUAGCUCCGGAGCCCAAAAGAGGAGAUCGAAUGUGUUCAGGCCUCUGCCAACCAGAAGACUUCCAGCCCAGGGACCCAACCCAGGAUUAUAUAUUUCCACCUGAACUAAUGAGAAUGGCUGAAGAGAGCAAAAGAAGAACUCUGGUUUUCAGUGGAGAACGGACUACCUGGAUUUCUCCUGUAGCGCUCCAGGAACUUCUGGUCCUGAAAGCCAAGUACCCAAAUGCCCCUCUUGUGGUGGGGAACACAAGCAUAGGAAUUGAUGUGAAAAAACUGGGCAUUUGGUACCCAGUUAUCAUUCAUCCUCCUAGGGUUCCAGAACUGCAUGUUGUCUGCAGAGUACACAAUGGGCUAGUGAUAGGUGCAGCAACCCACUUGGCCCAGCUGAGGGACAUCUUGUUAGAUGUGGUCCCAGAACUCCCUGCAGAGAAGACAAGGAUUUACCGUACUCUGCUGAAGCAACUGAGAACACUGGCAGGAGAACAGAUCAGGAAUUUGGCAUCCUUAGGAGGCCACAUCGUAAGUAGAGGCUCACCUUGGGAUCUGAACCCUGUCCUGGCAGCUGGCAAAGCGAUUCUCAAUCUGGCAUCAACAGGUGGAAGACGACAGAUUCCCCUGAAUGGUGACUUCCUCGCCUGGUGUCCGGAGGCCGAUCUUUCACCCAGGGAGGUCAUAGUCUCCGUUUUUAUUCCAUUUUCAAAGAAAGAUGAAUUUGUGUCUGCAUUCCGACAAGCUGAGCGGAGGAAGAAUGCGAUGUCCGUGACCAAUUCGGCAAUGCAAGUUCAGUUCCAGCCAGGCACUGAUGUCAUUGAGGACCUGACUAUUUUGUAUGGAGGCGUUGGCCGUACCACAGUGAGUGCCCCGGUCACCUCUCGGAAGCUACGAGGAAGAAAAUGGGAUGAGCAGUUGCUGGAUGAAGCCUGCCGGCUCAUUCUCGAGGAGAUUCAACUCUCACCUUCAGCAGUAGGUGGAAAAGUGGAAUACAGACGAACUCUCCUCGUCAGCUUCUUUUUCAGAUUCUAUUUGGAAGUGCUACAAGGUUUAAAGUGCACGUAUCCAUCCAAGUAUCCUGACUUGCCAAAGGAAAUCUUGAGUGCCUUAGACGAGUUCCAUGAUCAUCCGCCACGAGGUGUGCAAGAAUACCAGGAUGUCGACCCUCAGCAGCCUCCUCAGGACCCAGUGGGGCGUCCCGUCAUGCAUGAGUCUGGGAUUAAGCAUGCCACUGGUGAGGCCGUCUACACCAAUGACAUCGGUCCAAUAGACGGACAGCUCUAUAUGGCGCCAGUGACCAGCACACGAGCCCAUGCGAAGAUUGUAUCCAUUGAUACCUCUGAGGCCUUAGAAAUUCCGGGGGUGGUUACUGUGGUAACAGCUGCUGAUAUUCCAGGGGAAAAUGGCGAUGAACAUGAGAAAGUGUUGGCUGAAGAUGAGGUGAUAUACAUCGGUCACAUUAUCUGUGGCGUGGUCGCAGAGACCUAUGAGAUUGCAAAGGAAGCCACCAAAAAAGUGAAGAUAGAGUAUGAAGAUCUAGAACUGAUUCUGACAAUUGAGGAUGCCAUCCAGCAUAAUUCAUACUUUGGAGAAGAAAAAAAACUAGAAAAAGGAAAUCUUGAGGAAGCAUUUCGCACAGUUGACAGAAUCAUCGAAGGUGAAAGCAAUGUUGGUGGGCAAAGCCAUUUUUUCAUGGAAACAAACUCUAGCAUUGCCGUUCCAAGAAAAGAGGAUGAUGAAAUGGACAUAUAUGUCUCCACCCAGGAUGCUUCACAUGUACAGAAAUUACUGGCUACAACAUUGGACAUCCAGUCCAAUAGAAUCAGGUGCUACACAACACGAGUGGGUGGUGCUUUUGGAGGGAAAUGUACAAGACCUUCCUUUUUGAGCGCUGCCACAGCAGUGGCAGCACAAAAAACUGGCUGCCCAGUUCGUUUCAUUCUGGAACGAGAGGAUGAUAUGUUCAUAAAUGGAGGCCGGCAUCCUUUCUGGGGGAAAUACAAAGUGGGAUUCAUGAAUGAUGGAAAAAUCAAAGCCGCUGACCUUGAGUAUUAUGUAAACGGUGGGUGUACAUUAGACCAAUCUGUAUGGGAAAUAGAGUGGGUAGUGCUAAACAGUUGCAACGCUUAUGACAUCCCCAACUUCCGAUGUCGCGGACGUGCCUGCAAGACCAAUCUGCCAUCGAGUAUCGCAUUUCGAGGAUUCGGUUUCCCACAGUCGGCCCUUUCUGCAGAGAUGUGGGUUUCCGCUGUGGCAGACGAGCUUGGCUUGCCUCAUGAUAAGGUCCAGGAAAUGAACUUAUACAAAACAGUUGCCCUCACGCCCUUCAAGCAAGAGGUUGAUGUCAGGAAUUUGGUUGUGUGUUGGAAAGAAUGCUUGAAGAGGUCUGAUUUUUACAACCAGAGGAAAGCGAUAGAGGAAUUCAACAAGCAAAACUUCUGGAAGAAGAAAGGGAUUGCCCUCUCCCCCAUGUUCUUUUCAAUCGGAUUCAAUGACACCUUUUACCACCAGGCUGCCGCUCUGGUGAAUAUCUACUUAGAUGGGUCAGUGUUGGUGCAUUGCGGUGGAUGUGAGCUGGGACAAGGGCUUUACACCAAGGUGUUACAGGUUGCCACCCAUGAAUUAAUGAUAUCCGAGUCUUACGUACAUAUUUUUAAAAGAAGUACCGUUCCAAUACCCAACGCCGUUGUCACAGCGGGAUCCACUAGCUCAGAGGUCAACUGUAAAGCUGUCCAGAACGCUUGCCAAAUUCUCCGGAAGCGGCUGGAGCCGGUCAUUAAAGAAAACCCAGAAGGCAAAUGGGAAGACUGGAUUUCCAAAGCUUUUAAGGAAAGCAUCAACCUCUCAGCUACCGGCUACUUCAAAGGAUACGUGACCAAUAUGGACUGGGAGAAGGGAGAAGGCCACGCUUUCCCAUACUUUGUUUUUGGCGUUAGUUGCUCUGAAGUUGAGAUUGACUGCCUGACAGGGGAUCAUAAGAAUCUCCAAACAGACAUUGUCAUGGAUGCCUGUUACAGCAUCAAUCCGGGAGUUGACAUAGGACAGAUUGAAGGUGGCUUUAUGCAGGGACUCGGACUUUUUACCCAUGAAGAAGUGAAAUUCUCCCCCGAAGGAGAGCAGUACACCAGGGGUCCAGACUCGUAUAAAAUCCCUGCCGUUUGUGAUGUCCCAGAAUUGUUUAGAAUCUACUUGCUGCCGAACACAAGAAACCCAAUUGCCAUCUACUCCUCCAAGAGUAUGGGAGAAGCUGGGCUAUACUUGGCGUCAUCUGUGUUUUUCGCUAUCAAGGAUGCACUGGCUGCGGCCCGGAAGCAAAGGGGACUGAGUGACAUUUUUACACUAGACAGUCCGCUGAACGUAGCAAGGAUUCGCAUGGCAUGUGCUGACCAUUUUACAGAGAUGAUUCCAAAGGAUGAACCCGGAACCUUUAAACCAUGGGCCAUUGAUAAAAAUUAAAAUAUUCAAUUUUUCCACC